CAGUGUGUCCUAUAUGUCAUUAGAUUCCGGUUACGAACCACAGGGAGGAACAGCCAUUUUACAGAGUGCUGAAAUACUUGAGGGUUCUUGGUGCCUCAAGUUUCUUCACUUCGUGAAUGCUGCAGAGUCACGUGGGUAUAUGUACGUGGUUGCCAGGACAACCAAGAGGACUGGGAGAUGGUACCUGUGGGGCACUUCGCAAGGUAGUGAAAGCGAGUGGUCUGCUGUUGAGCUGUCUGUUAAGAGCAAAGAUAGAUUUGUGAUCCAGUUUAUAGGCGUUCUCAAGGACCAUCUGACGGUCGGUGUGAGCAUGAUAGAGCUUAUCCCCAAACCAUGUGAGCACCCGACUAAGUCUGUGGAUCUCGUCCACAAGAAAGAUCUCAAAGUGGCUUUCACGUGCGACUUCGAUGUCGACUGGUGCGGAUUUACGGAUGGGAAUGACGUCACACCUAUGUGGAGCAGACGACAGUCAUUUCCGGUCGUUGGGCCGUCACGUGACCACAAGCAGAAGGGCCUUGACAGUGGGUUUUACAUGAGCAGAAUAUCGCCAUAUCAGACUGAACGAGCCGGACGACUUGUCAGUCCCACCCUCACGGCUGUCAAUCAUUACGGAUGUGUUCGGUUCUGGAUAUACGUAUGGGGCUUCUCGCCAGGCUUCAUGACCGUGUAUCUACAAGAUGGCCGCGGCUCGCGGACUGUGGUCUGGAGAUCAGCAUACCUCAGUCCAAACUUCUCCGACUGGUCACAGAUAACGGUUCCAAUAAAACCAACCUCAAAAACAUACAAGAUCAUCUUUCAAAUGAAAGUAACUCACCGAUGGGGAAAUAUGGCACUUGAUGACGUCACGGUAUUGGAUAGUUACUGUUGAUAUAGCAAUGUAUUUCCUAUCAGUGAAAUAAAUUGUGACACACUUUUU